CUUGUUUCCAAUUUCAAUGAUUUGUCUACUAUAUUUGGCUCCAAAUCAUGUUUCCGUUCCACUUUCAAUGAAUACUGCAUUACUGACACACGGAAUGCAGAUGAUGGAAGUGAAAUGCAAUCCGGUCUGGCUGAAUGGACCGGGCAGCGCUCCGUCCCGAAUGUGUUCAUUGGUGGCAAACACAUAGGCGGCUGUGAUGCAACCACCGCGCUGCAUAGUGCUGGAAAGCUUGUUCCGUUACUGACUGAAGCCGGAGCAGUUGCCAAAGCUGAUACCUCAGGAGGUGCCAAAGCUUCUAUCUAGACUACUACCAAUUAUGCUCCUUACUUGCAAAUGUUAUGAUACUCUACACCUCACAAUCUUAUGUUACUUGUACUGAAUUAAGAAUUAUGAUUGUGCCGUACUUGCACAUGUUAUGAUACUCAAGAUUUGAUUUGAUCAAUGAUAAAAAGGUGCAGCA